AUGGCGACCAGACUACUUACCAACAUUAUAACUGUGUAUCCCGACAUUCAAUUCCAGGGUGUCGACCAAGGCCCGUCACAGUCCAUGCUCCUCACAAUCUGUUUUUCAGGCAGACUUCCAACGCAGGUUAUUGAAAGGAAUAUUCCUGUUCAGAUUUCAGUUUCUUUUGCAGAAGAGUACAGGUCCUUUACCUCACCAGUUGUAGAAGCCACAUCAAUGGAUCUAUGCUCCAGUGCUGGAGAAUCAAUACCUUUGGAUGCCACAUCUUUGUGCAGUCAAGGUCACGGUAAACUUCCUGCCUGCCAAGAUGAUAUCGAUAUCCCGUUCCUGCCACUUCAACACUUUGACUACUGUGACCAGGCCACAUGGGCCGCGCUAUCAAAGGAUAUCAAAGGAUGGCUAGCCACCGAGGUGGACACUGAGACGCAGCUGUGGACAUGGGGACAUGAUGCAUUUUGGCUUGCCUUCAUUGUGGCUCAUCCAUUAUUCCCAAGGGGCUCAUGGCCAAUGUGGGAUUCCCAUAUCCCUUUGGAAGGUACAUUUAUCGAGCAGUGGUUGGAACAAUCAGGUAACACCACCGUGAUGGCAGGAGAACAAGAUAUCAGGGGGGACAUCUGGGCCGAGUUUUGCAGACAUGCUGCCCUCUUCUUCCCUCAUCCUCUUGUUACUUCUGACUAA